CGCAGCGGCCGCCACUUAGAGGAAGGUUUCGGCCCGCUGCCGGCUGUCGUUGCUGCGGCCGUGGGCCGGACUUUGCGUAGUUGACCAUGGAGUCCCUUUUGACACAGUCGUUUGGAGGACAGCUGUUUAUAUGACAAUAAUUUCAUUUGGAGUGACCGUUUUGAGGUCAUGCUUCUGAUAUUUUCACUGCUCCACAUUUCAGUUUUUUGGGCAAAGUUCACGUGAGAUGGAAGAUUUUCGAGGUAUAGCAGAAGAGUCCUUUCCAAGCUUUUUAACCAAUUCAUUACUUGGUAAUAGUGGGGUUUUGGAAAAUGUCACUCUUUCCUCAAAUUUUGGCUUGCCUGUUGCUGUUUCCACACUUGCUAGGAGUAGAUCCAGCAUUGAUAACAGGUAUCCUGAUGUCCAGGCAUCGUACUUAAUAGAAGAGAGGCUUUCAGUCCCAUCUGAGUCAUCUCCAAGUUGCCAAAGUGACAGCAGUGAACCAAGAGAGAGAUUACAGCUCAGCUUUCAGGCUGAUGAUUCUAUCUCUAGGAAAGAGAAGUAUAUACAAAGUCCACGUUUGUUACAUGCUCUCACAAAUACAAGAGCAGAAGAGCAUCAGGUUAACACUACCACAUCCCUUCAGGGGCAGGAUCUUUUGGACAAAGUUUCACCUCUGGAACAAGUAACAGACUCACCUCUUGAUUUUCACAUCCAAUCAUGGAUGAAUAAUCAGGAACACAAGAUUGUUGUGCCUGAUGCUGGAAAGCAUCUUAAAGACAAGACUGGAAACAGUGAUUUCAGCCAUACUAGCUUAUUAGAAAAUGAGAGACUUACAACUUUGACAAACUUGGAAGAUUCCUCUGAUGAUGAUAUUAACGAUGAAGAAUUUUAUGACGAUCAUUUGGAAGCAUAUUUUGAACAACUGGCAAUUCCAGGAAUGCUAUAUGAAGAAGGAGGACAGGAAUCACCAGAAAAUGAUUUUAAAUUCUCUAUAAGUGAUCCCAGUCAGGCAAAUGAAAACAAUAUCUUAAACUGUGAGUUGCAAUCAGAAAAUGAUAGCUCUCUGAUUUCCCAUGAAGCAUGUUCUUCAGGAAGUUCUGGAACAACUCACAGAGAGUCUGAGGGAAGCCAUGUUUGUCUGCCUGGGAUCAGUGAUGGUGUAGGUACUCGAGAUAGAAAGCAGGUAGAUGAUAUGUUACCAUUUCACCCUAGAACCUGGAGAACUGAGAAGGGAAAAGCAGGCAGUUUGAAGGACGAUGUUUCAGAUCAAAGCAGAGAAAGUGCGGGAGAGGAUGUUCUGGUGAAGACUGUCAGUGCUACGGAAGAGAAACUUAACCCUAUUUAUAUUCAUGAUACAAAUGCUACUAAAGAUGGUUUUGACCUGACUGAGUCUAUAAAACAUGAGGAAGAGUCUCUUCAUCAAAAUAAGGAUUUGGCUUCCACUUCAGAAACAGUUUUGCACAUGAAUAGAUGCUUAAAAACUGAGACUCCUACAGUGCCUAUUCAAAAAGAUGGGAGCAUUGUAUCUUUGAAGCCUAAUAGUGAUAAUGAAAUUAAUUCUUUGGAUAUUCUUUGGUCACCAACUUGUGAAAGGAGAACAUGUGAAUGUUACGAGCCAAUUGCAAAGACUAAAGACCAAACAGAUGUCUCACAGAAUGUAGUCUACCAAAAUGAAGAGGGCAGAUGGGUCACUGACCUUGCCUAUUAUACAUCUUUUACGAAUGAACAGGAUUUACAGAUGUCCCCAAAUAAUGAAAUGAAUGAAGACUUCAGAUCUGGUUCUGAAGCAUUGGAUAUAAUUGCAAAAGAUGAAGAAGAAUUUAAUAAAGAACAUCAAUUUAUACAGGAAGAAAACAUAGAUGCUCAGAAUACUUCGCCUACACUAGGGGAUACAUCCUGGGUAGCAACAAUUAAUUACAAUCUAUUGAGGAAAUCACUUAGCACAUCAGAUUUCGACAGAGAUGAUGGCAGUUAUUUGCGUCUUUCAUUAGGAGAGUUCUUUGCUGAAAGAUCUGAAGCUCUGGGUUGCCUAGGUGGUAGUCACAGUGUGAAAAGACCAUCAUUUGGUUAUUUUAUUAGAUCACCUGAGAAGAGAGAACCUUUUGCUUUAAUAAGAAAAUCUGAUGCAUCAAGAAGUAAUUUAGAGAAAGAAAUGGCUUAUCUUAGCCAUGAUUUGUUUUCAGGAGAUUUAAAUGAACCAUCCCAGGCACAACUAAGUGAAGAAUCGGUUACCCUUGAGGCUGAGGAACCUCAGAGUACUUCACAGGUGGAUGAAAAUGAUGUGACACUGACUGCCACUAAAGACAAAGUAGAGGACACUUUCUUCAGUAAUAACAAUCUUGAAGAACAUAAAGACAAACCAUCUGAUGGUGGAGAUUCUAUUCUUAGCAUAAGCACCAUUGCUUCAGCCAUUGCAGAUGUGUCAGUGAGUACUGAUCCUGUCCAGUUUGUUGCCAUGAUGAAGGCACUUAAAAAUAAAACCAGAGAUAAGACUUCUCAGAAAGAUGAUAAACAAAAGGAAUAUUCCACAGUGUCUCAUUUCUUACUUAAUGAUUUAGAAAAAAGUAAUGGAUCCAGUGCAUUUGAUAUGGAGAAAUACCUUACAAAAACAGAAGUUAGUAGAUGUGAAGGUGGAUUGGAAAGCAUCUCAAGAGCAGGCACAUCUGACAUUUGGGAUUUAUGUUCAUCCAGACAGCAGACUGUUCAAGACAAUACGGUGAACUCAUGUGCUACUUAUAUAAGGGAACCAAAAGAAAAUAUCGCCGCUGAUUUCUGUAGUGACAGUGCUGAAAGUGAGACUCAAGAAUCACUUGUAACAAUAACCUCUUCAAGUUCAGUCCUUAGAAACAUAAGAGAGCAUGAGAGUGCAGUCAUGGAUAGGAAGACAUGUUUCACGGACAGCACGUUACCAGGUACUCAGAGUCAUGACAAAGCUACCUCAGUUUCCAUUCCAACAUCCAGUAGUUACUCAUCAGUAAGGACCCCCAGAAUAACAUCCUUGAACCGCUUAGAAGAAUGUGAAGAAAUACAAGAUAAUAGAGAACACCACAGGCAAACAGAGUCUGUUAGUGAAGCCAGCAGCAGUAAUAAGCACGUUACUUUUGAAGAGAGUUGUACAGUCUCACCUAAAAGCGUUGAUUUGAAAAAUACACCCUCUGAGUGUGGUGGAUCUGGCUUAGAGGACCAGGACAGCUUCAGACCUUCCACUUCACCACUCAGUCAUUCUUCUCCCAGUGAAAUUUCUGGAAGCUUAUCAGGAUGUGCUUUGGAGUCUCUUGAUUCAGUUCAUCAACAGAACCCACCCUCAGAGAGUGGGUUGUCUCACUUGGCAAGUUCCCAUGCUGAUAUGAGCAGACUGACUUACUUGUCUGAACGGGAGAGUACAUUGCCUGUCACAGCUGCUGACAGAAGCCCAGAGGACCACAAGAGUGAUGUUACCAGUGAGUUGAGCACCACAAUUAUUCGAGCCAGCCCAACUCCAUUAGAGGAACAAACUUUGGAGAAGCUGAGAGAAAAAGUUCCAGGUCAGAAUACAGAAAAAGGAACAUUGUCAUGUAUUGUCCAGAUUAAGUCGGAUUUAGAAAAAGUGACUGAAACUACUUCUCUGAGUAGCAGACUUGAAGAUGGAGGUUCUAACUUUACAUUGAAUCAAGAUCUUUUUUCUACAAGUGGAGAACCCUUGCAAGCUAGUAAGGUAGAUCUGACAUCUGACCACAAUGAAAAGGACUUGAUGGGCCAGGCUGUACUGAGCAAACCAGGUCUGAGUCACCAGAAUGGGCCAGCCACACCAUACCUUCCUGCGUUGAACCUGAAGACUGUGGGUCAGGGUCACAGACUAACAUCUAAUGGUCCUUCACUUGCUAGCACUGAGUCUAGUGGCCACAUUCCUAAUCAAACCUCUGGAAACCAGCGCAGCCCUGCUCCAGGCACCUUAGCUCAUGCUUCUGUUGCUAAGAUGCAGAACAUGCCUGCUGUAUGUCCUGCGCUCUGGACUGGACAGUCUCUUCACACAGCUCCUGUGACUCAGCAAUAUUUGGGGACAGUCCCUUUAUCUGGAAAUGUCACUUUGCCACAGUGCCAUUCAGGCUUGCAAGUCUGUGGGAUUUCAGGAUGUCCUCCGUACCCGCCUGUUGGAGGAGAACAUGUGGCUUUGGGAAUGUAUUUUGGAUCAAAUCUUGCCGCCGGAUUGAUGGGUCCCUCUUCUCAUUAUAACCCCUGUUCUACUGCCCUACACCAGAACCUGCUGAAUACAGCAAAGCCUUUUCCUUUGCAGUCUGUUGGUACAAACUGUGAAACCAGACCAUGGGACUCAGAAAUGAUGUCUGGAUUUGGGAAUGCCAGAGUACCCGAGGAACUGAAGUUUCCUCAUGCUUGCUGUGUAGGUAUUGCUUCGCAGACCCUGCUUAGUGUCCUCAAUCCAACUGACCGUUGGCUACAAGUCAGCAUUAGGGUUCUCAGUGCUAGUGUGAAUGGUGAGAAGGUUGAUCUUUCAACAUACCCUUGUUUAGUUUUCAAGAAUAAAAUUGUCAUAAGACCUCAUGCCACAGAGGAAAUAAAAAUACUUUUUAUACCCUCAAAUUCUGGGAUUUUCAGAUGCAUGUUUAGUGUUGCUUCUUGGCCAUUUUCAGCAGAUGCUGAGACAAUAGUGCAAGCAGAAGCUUUGGGAAGCAGAGUUGUUCUCACGGCUAUUGCUGAGACUCCUGUUAUUGAGGUAGAAACAGAAAAGAAAGGUGUUCUUGAUUUUGGUGACUUGACUUAUGAAGGCUGGAAGGCUCUCCCACUGAAGUUAAUAAAUAGGACGCAUGCUACUGUGCCGAUCAGACUGAUUAUUAAUGCUAAUGCCUUAGCCUGGCGUUGCUUCACAUUUUCCAAGGAGCCCAUUCAUGCUUCCCUGAAAACUGCUCCUUAUGCUGAUGUGAUUGCUCAGCUUGUGACCCCAUCUGUAAUCAGCCAUGUGAUGCCUGCCAGUCAAGAUGACCAGGAUCCAGAAUUUCUGAUAAUUUGGGUUCUUUUCUGUAGUCCAAAGAAAAUCAUCACUUCUUCAGAAAUUCUAGGCUCACCUGAAGAGUUCCUGGCUAGAGUGGAUAUAGAAGUUGACAGCCCAAACCCUAUCCCAGUUCUUAGGAGUGUGGAUCUCCGAGCAAGAGCAGGAACAGCUAGAAUUCAUGCUCCUAGGGACUUGCAGACUGUGCAUUUGUUGGCCAGCAUAAACUCCUCAACAAAGCAGCACUUGCCUUUGAAAAAUGCUGGGAAUAUUGAAGUUUAUUUAGAUAUCAAGGUUGCAGAACAAGGAAGUCAGUUUUCCGUGGAUCCAGAGAGUCUCUUCCUCAAACCUGGAGAAGAACAUGAGGUUAUAGUUUCAUUUACACCAAAGGAUCCCAAAGCACGUGAGGAAAGGAUUUUGAAAAUAUUUGUGCAGCCUUUUGGACCUCAGUAUGAAGUAGUGUUAAAGGGUGAAGUCAUUUCUUCUGGAAGUAAGCCUCUGCCACCUGCACCCUACUGUUCAGAUAUCCCACUGAUUUUGUCUAAUAAGCAAUUUCUGACUUGGGGAGGUGUCCCUCUUGGCAGAACACAACUUCAGAAACUAGCUUUAAGAAACAGUUCUACAUCUGCAACCCAACACUUGCGACUCCAUAUUAAAGGACAAGAUCAGGAUUGCUUUCAGCUUCAGAACACUUUCGGCUCAGAAGACAGACUGACCAGUAACUGUGAGAUCAGAAUUCACCCAGAAGAGGACUACAUAAUCUCUGUGUUAUUUGCACCUACUCGAUUAUCUUGUAUGUUGGCUAAACUAGAAAUCAAACAACUUGGAAAUCGAUCACAGCCAGGCAUUAAGUUUAUGAUACCUUUGUCUGGAUAUGGAGGAACGAGUAAUCUUAUUUUAGAAGAUGUUAAAAAAUUAUCUGACAGUUACUUGGUAACAGUGGCUGGCUUAAUUCCUGGCAAAGAAAGUAAAGUUGUUUUUUCUAUCCGCAACACUGGCUCUCGAGCAGCUUUUGUUAAAGCAGUCGGGUUUAAGGAUUCUCAGAAAAGAGUUUUGCUGGAUCCUAAAGUAUUGAGGAUUUUUCCAGAUAAAUUUGUACUCAAGGAGAGAACACAAGAAGAUGUUACUUUAAUAUACAACCCAUCAAACAGAAAGAAUGAUUAUAAAACUGCAACAGAACUGUCAACUAUAUACUUCUUUGGUGGCGAUGAAAUUUCCAGACAACAGUAUCGAAGAGCCCUGUGGCAUAAACCAGGAAUCAUAAAGCAGAUACUUCCAGAACAUAGUAUACUGCAAAACAUUGACUUUGCUGAAGCAUUUAAAGAUGAGCUAUUAAUAGAUGAAGCAUAUGAUCUUCCUCAACGGCCCAAUGACAUUCAGCUCUUUUAUGGAAGCAUGCGUAAAAUUACCCUGUCAGUAAUUGGAGAAUUCAAAGAUUCCAUUUCUAGCAGAGAAUUUCAUCAAGCUUCUUCUGAAAGUAGUACAGAAUCUAAAAGUGAAUUAGGAGCUUUUGGAAGACACAGUGGCAAUGUCUCUUUGGAUGUUUUACCAGUUAAAGGCCCCCAAAGGUCUCCUUUUCUCUCACAAACUGCCCAUGCAUCUCAGAGUACACCAACUUCAGAAGAAAUGUGGGCUAUCCACCCAGAACACUUAAUUCUGGUAGCUCCUUCUACUUUAGGUGACAUGGCAAAAACUGGGUGUUUUCAGAUUAUAAAUAAUUCUGCCAGGUUACUGAAAUUUGAGCUAUACUGGCCAGCACAUUGCUUGACAGUCACACCACAACAUGGAUUUAUUGCACCAGAGAGUAAACUACAAAUUCUUGUGAGUCCUAAUUCCUCCCUAUCCACAAAACAGUCAAUGUUCCCAUGGAGUGGUUUGAUCUAUAUACACUGUGAUAAUGGACAGAAGAAAAUUGUAAAAGUUCAAAUUCAAGAAGAUUUGACUCAAGAACUUUUAUCUAAUUUGGCCCCCAGCACAUUUGGAAUUCUUGCCCCAGCAUCUGAGCCUUCCAUUAGUCAUUUGACAAAACCAGUAACAAAGCCCCCUUCUACGAAAGUUGAAAUUAGAAGCAAGACAGUUAUUUUUCCUCCAACAGAACCUGGUAAAACCUCAGAGAACAGUCUAGAACUUGAGAAUCAUGGCCCCACAGAUGUGAAGUGGCACCUGUCGUCUUUUGCUCCGCCAUAUGUCAAGGGAGUUGAUGAAACUGGAGAUGUUUUUAGAGCUACGUACACAGCAUUUAGAUGUUCUCCUAUUUCUGGCACACUGGAAAGCCAUGGAAUCCAAAAGGUCUCCAUCAUGUUUCUGCCCAGAGAUAGAGGGGAUUAUGCCCAGUUUUGGGAUGUUGAGUGUCACCCUGUUAAAGAACCUCACAUGAAACACACAUUGAGAUUCCAGCUCUCUGGAGAGAGCAUCAGAGCAGAAAAUGAUCCCAAAGAUUCUGAGUCUUCUACAGACACCCUCAUUAAAAUAGAUACUGCAGUCAUGCCCCGGAGACAUGCUGCAUCCGAGACCUCUGUUCACACAUCUACCAGGCAGCUUGACUUGAGCCAUCGUGGAGUGUAUGCCCCAAAAGAUGUCUACAUGUUCCUACCCACUAAACUUGGGGAAUCCAGGACACUGAAAGUCAAUUUGCGAAACAAUUCCUUUUUUACACACUCACUGAAAUUUUUGAGUCCCAGAGAGCCUUUCUAUAUCAAGCAUUCCAAGUACUCUUUGAGAGCCCGACAUUAUAUCCACAUCCCCAUGUACCUCAGACCAGAGUCAGUAGGCAGAUUUGAGGCCUUACUUGUUAUCCAGACAGAUGAAGGCAAGACUGUCGCUGUUCGACUAAUAGGUGAAGCCCUUGACAAAAGUUAACCAGGAUAUGUUUUGUGUAAAUUACAUGUUAUAUUUUGGCAACUUCAUUUUUUUACACCAAAAUUAUGCUGUUGUAUAUAUUUUGUAUGAUAAGUUACAUGUAUAUAAAUGUAGUCUUUUUGUAAGAAU